AGCGGCGGUCGGUUGGGCAGGACGGAGCAAGGUCGUGGCGUAUUUCGUCUCGCAUCCUCGUCAUCCCGUACGAGUUGUUGACGCGAUCGAGUGUUUAGAAAAUACCAGAAAAUACCGUGGAGUACCGAACAGCCGAAAAUGAAGUGAAGUGUCGAGCAUUCGUCGUCACAACUAUCCGUCGAUCGUGUCGGAUACGAUGUGAGGUCCUGUCGCGCUCAAUCGUGUUUUGCAUCCUCUGUUGCCUCGUUCCCGAGUUUCAGACGAGUAUGAGUACCAAGAGUAUAUUUCGAGAGUGUCGAAAACGAAGGGCCAUGCGUUCGUGCCAAGUAUGAAUCAAGACGAAUUGUCGUGAGGAGGAUCUUGACUCUCGAUCGUACGUUCGAUAGCUGCGACCGAGACAAGGCUGGACGGAGCGAUCAGCGGUGAACGAUUACUGAGUUAGAAAUAUAAGUAUCUUCAAAAUGAAAGUGAAGAAAAUGACCCUGAAACCUCUCCAGUUACCAGAAGGAAAGAAAUCGGCAAUUACUAGAAAAAAGCAAGAAGUUCAGAGCAAAGUAACGACCGAUGGAGGAGUUCUUUGCACAAGGAACUGAAUUAGCAAUUACUAGAAAAAAGAUCUGAGCAAUGUAACUAUGAAGAAAUUUCUUGAACACAGUUUCAAAAAUGAUACAGAUAGCGAUACAUAUGAUAGUGAUGAAAGCACAGCUAUUGGUCUUGCAUAAGCGAUCAGUCUUGUAGAAGUCAUCGGAACGACUGCACGCGCACGAAAGCCAUUCACGCGUGAGCGAUUAUGUCACAAUUGCCUAGUGGGUCACAAAAGAACGUGCGUGAUAACAAUGAUAAAAAUGUCGAAAGCGUCAGUAGAAAUAUCACCGGCGGCAUGACUAAGGGCAACGAGCCGGAAGGCCGCGUUUUGGUGCUCUACACGGGCGGCACGAUAGGAAUGAUGAGGAAUGACCAGGGAGUGCUGGUACCGAUAGCCAAUGCGUUUGUAAAAAAUCUGCGGAAAUAUCCACAAUUGCAUGAUCGCGAGUAUGCCGAGAAAAGAUUCGGAGCGAUGGGACCACUAGUACUGCCCGUGACCGCAACCGACAGUCGUCGGGUCGUUUACACCGUAUUCGAGUACUCGAAUCUCUGCGACUCCAGUAAUAUGACCAUGGAUGAGUGGAUUCGUAUUGCUAAUGAUAUUAAGGAAUCCUACGAGCGCUUCGACGGAUUUGUGAUCCUUCAUGGCACCGACACCCUCAGUUACACUGCGUCCGCCCUGUCUUUCAUGCUCGAGGCUCUAGGCAAGAUUGUCAUCGUAACCGGUUCGCAAGUGCCGAUUUUCGACACAAGGAGCGACGGUCUGGACAACUUCCUCGCAUCUCUCGUGAUUGCGGCGAAUUACAACAUACCUGAAGUGUGCGUGUUCUUCGGUACGAACUUAUUGCGCGGCAAUCGAACGAGCAAGGCGUCUGCGACGUCCUUCGAAGCCUUCCACUCGCCGAACUUUCCACCCCUCGCCACGGCCAACAUCAAGAUCGAAGUGGCCUAUCGCUCGAUUUUCCGUUCAUGUACCAUGGAAAAGUUCUACGUACAUGCGUCACUCAACCGAAAUGUAGGCCUGCUCCGAUUGUUUCCCAGCAUUACAUCCGAUCUAGUCAAGGUGUUUCUUCAACCGCCUAUCGAGGGGGUUGUGCUGCAGAGCUAUGGCGCGGGAAACGUCCCGACAAAUCGCGACGACAUUAUCGAGGAGCUUCAACAGGCGACGAAGCGCGGUGUGAUCGUCGUGAAUAUCACGCAAUGUUCGACCGGAUGCGUCUCGGACGCGUACGAGGCUGGAAAACUGCUCCAAAAAGCUGGUGUGAUAUCGGGCUUUGAUAUGACACCGGAGGCCGCAUUGACGAAACUCGCAUACGUCUUAUCGAAGAACGAUUGGGACAUAGAGACCAAGCGGCAAAUGAUGCAAACGAAUUUACGGGGUGAGCUGACCGCCGGUCGACCGCCCACCAUCCAGGACUGGGACCUGGUGGAAGCAGUCGCUCGGUCUCUGAGAUUAUCCUCGGCGGCGGAGCUUCAGGAACUGGGAUCGAUUCUGUUCCCAGCCAUGCUAAACGCCGCGGUAAUCAGGCGCGACGUCGUCAAACUCGAGUCUUUGAAAGGAUACGGCGCGGAUAUCUCCCAGGCGAACGCAGAUGGCAGAACGGCUUUGCACAUAGCCUGCUGUGAGGGGGAUUUGAAAGUUGUGCGACGUCUUCUAAAGAUGGGCGCGAAUGUUCACAUUAAGGAUCGAUUUGAUCGCACGCCUCUGACUGACGCGAUCGAAUAUGAUCGUCAUGAGAUUAUCAGGGUGUUGCUACAGUGCGGAGCACAUUUUCACGGCGACGCUGUGCUGAUUGGCGAGAGGAUGUGUUCAGCUGCCACCGUUGGAAAUACGAAGCGCCUGCAGUCAUACUUGUUGGCUGGCGCCGAUCUGUCGCAGAAGGACUACUGCGGGCGCACGCCGUUACAUUUUGCCGCUCUUCACGAUCGCACGGAAACGAUCAUGUUCCUGUUAGCUCAUGGCGCAGAUCCGCGUUGCGUUGAUAUGCUGGGACAAACCGCGGCAGAUCUCGCGGAGACCGCGCGAGCUGCGAGUGCCAUUCACUUGUUAGCACCCUUGAAGCAAAAUGGCGUUUCCGAGGACACGGUCGAUGACAAAGUUGCAUCGCAAAUACAGAAUCUUAGCCUGUCCACGUCUUAGGUAUUUCGACGAAAUCUAUUCUGUUCUUAUCUAUGUCUGUUUGAAAGGAAUUCCGUGUCAAAUGUUUGAGCUGACUGUGAUUUGUUCACUCCAUUCUUUCGAUAUUAUUAUUAUUAUCUAUUGCUUUUAUGAAAAGCUAAUAAAAUAAUUAUUUAAUUAACUUCUUGAAUGAGAUGCAGUCAGAUUUUAAAGACUGAGAGGUGUGAUACGAUUUUGGAGAGGGAUAAGUACGAUAGAGAUUUAUGCAUAUACUUUUUUUAUUCUUUGACAUCUCGGAUUCUGAAUUCUAUAAUUCUAUACUAUCUUAUUCCAAGAUGUUUAUAUGAUUCUAUCAAGACUAAUAAUAUUGAAAAUAACAAUAAUCCUACCUGAUAAUUUUAAUUAAUAGCUGUGAUUACACUUUUGUUUGAAUGCAUUAUAAUUAGAAUGUUAUUGUAGGUAUUUAUAUGCUUUUUUGGAUAGUGUAUUUACCAAAAAUUCUUAAAAUAAUUUUUAUUUUAUGUAAAUAAUAAAUAAUCACAUAUCAUGUC